UUGAGCGAUGAGGGGCAGGGGACUUGUCCACUUUCAGUGCCCCAUUGUUGACAGUUUGGCAUCACUGUGGUACUAAGCUUGGCUCAUAACUCUGGUCAUGUGAUACUGCUGCAGGUCAGGAGACUCAUUUAACCCAACAGGCAUGCGAAUGGGAGCAGAGGCUUGCAGAAAGCCCUGUCACAGAGCUGGGCUGUCGGAGAACUGAGGCGUGAUCACCAUGCCCUCGCUGCCUGUGCUGCCUGAGUCCUGCACCCAUGUGCUGGCAGAGUUUGACUGUCUUGACCCUCUCCUCGCUGCCCUGCGCCUGGACUCAGGUCGGCUCAAGUGUACCUGCCUCGCAGUAUCUAAGAAGUGGCUGGCUCUGGGAACCUCGGCGGGGGGGCUUCAUCUUAUCCAGAGAGAAGGAUGGAAACAGCGGCUCAUUCUAACACACAAGGAGGGAUCAAUCACCCAGGUAGCAUGUUGCCCCCAUGAUGAAGACUUCAUUGCUGUUGCAACAAGUCAGGGUCUGGUUGUGGUGUGGGAGCUGCAGCUGGAGCGACGGGGUCGGCCAGAGCGAGCCGGCAUAUCUUGGGAGCAUCGGGGGCAGAACAUCACAGCACUGUGCUGGGACACAACCACGCUGAGAGUCUUUAUCGGAGAUGCUGGGGGGAAGGUGUCCUUCCUUCGUGCUGGAUCCUCCAAACUAGGCAAGGGCUCUGCAUUUGUCAUCUUCCCAGUUCAGACGAUCACCACUGUGGAUUCUAAGGUGGUGCAGCUGGGUUACCAGGAUGGCCGCCUGCUGGUGUCCUCUCUCAGCCGCUGCUACCUGUGCGACACAGAGAGGGAGAAAUUCUGGAGGGUAGGGAACAAGGAACGUGAUGGGGAGUAUGGGGCUUGCUUCUUCCCACAGAGCCGCGGGUCGGUUCUGGGCCAGCCCCCACUCCUGUACUGUGCCCGUCCAGGAUCCCGGGUGUGGGAGGCUAGUUUCAGUGGAGAGGUGCUGAGCACCCACCAGUUCAAGCAGCUUCUCGCCUGCCCCCCCGUGCCCCUUGUCUCCUACAGGUGUGAACUACAGUACAGCUCUGCCCAGAGAAGCCCUCAGUCAGUUGCUUUCCCCAAACUGCUUUACCUCAGUGACCAGAACCUGUUGACCUGGACUGACUCAGCCAUUUAUGUCUUUGUGCCUCAGUGUGGACAGGUCCUGCUGUGGACUGAGAUCAAAGAUGUAGUAGAUGUAGCAGUUUUCCGUAGCGAGCUCUUCUGUCUUCGCUGUGAUGGGCACUUGACUCACCUGUCCCUGCUGCCCGUGGAGCGCUGUGUAGAGCGACUUCUUCGCCGGGAGUAUUGGCUCUUAGCUGCCACAAUCUGCUGCAUGUUCCAGCAUGUCAUCGUCCCCUCGAGGGCCCGUAAGUGCCUCCCCACUGACAGACUUGAGUACCUGCGGUCACAGCUUAACCCCAGCAUACAGCAAGACCUGGCCAGCCAGCUGGAAGAAGUGAUCUUGAGGCUGGAGCCUCUGGAUUCUGCCUCUAGCAGCCGUAGGAGCAGCAUUUCUUCACAUGAAAGCUUUAACGUGUUGGACUGUGGUAUCUACCGAGUAAUCAGUCGAAGAGGAAGCCAGUCAGACGAGGACACCUGUUCUUUGGUCAGCCAGUCGAUGCUUGAGGAAGAGCGGCUCAAGGAGUUUAACUUUGUGCAGGAGGAGGAGCCAUUGGAGCAGGAUCCCCUACCCAGCGAACGGGUGGAGCCUGACCGACCCGAAUCCGGCUUGCAGUUUCACCUCCCCCUCUCAUUCCGCCCCAAACCCCCCCGUGUGGCGCUGCAGGCUGUCCGGGACAGUGUCUCCAGCUUUGUGAAGAAAACCUCAGAAAAAAUCAGCACACUCCAGAUGAACUCUGACCUCUGGCCUCGUUCAGACCAGAGGGAAGUGGGGCAGUGCGAGCUCACUGCAGCUGUAGUACUGCCCCCAGAAGAGCCAGACAAUGAGAUUGGCACCGAACGACUUGGCACAGGGACUGAUCUGCAGGAGCUGAGAGCAACUACUCAGGAGACCAUCUCUCAGUUACAGGACCCUCUUAUUCUCCUGGACCCUGCACGUUUGGCAGAGGUUUUGCAAGUGUGGGUGCCAGUUUUGGAGAAAAUUCUAGGCCCAGAGGAGUGUCACCAAACUGGAGAGCACUGUCUGCUCGAAGGUCAUACAGAGGAGGAAUGUUUGGAGCAGCUGUCCAUGGGUAGCUCUGAUGAGGAAGUGGCGGAGAAGACAUCGGGGACUGCAGAAGACAUGGAUCCCGAGAGGCAGCUGCUCCAACCUGCUACUGAAGAGCAGAUUAUUAAUGACUUGGGUGGAGAGGUCUCUGACUCAGAGCCUACAGGCCACAAAACGGUAGCCCUUGAGCCGGUGCGUGUUGAGCCUCCCUGGCCAAUACCUGCAGAACUCCAUGUGGAUCUCUCUCAGUUGGCCUCUCUGAACCUGGAACUGGGCUGUUUCCAAGGUAGCACUGCCCAGGAGGGUCAUGGAGAGCAUGUGCCAUCAGCUGCCUGCAUCUUUCUUCAUCGCUACUUCUUCCUGCUUGACCUGGAGAGGGUGCGUCGGUGCUGCCUGCUGCGGUACAGGGACCAGCCUGCUGUGUGGAACGCCUACAUGGCUGGCCUGUUGGAGCUGACCCGCUCCAGCCCAGUAGUUGAGGUGAUAGAGAAAGGAGUUCUUCUGAGGUCCCUGAAGAGCUUGAGGGAGUUACAACCCUCAACGAACCCAUUGCUGCUCGCUCACCUGCACAGGCUGUACGAGAAACAUGGUGAGUCAGCUGUACGAGCAUUUGUUCAGUUCUACCCCAGAGUUGUCCCUGCUGACGUUAUGGCCAUGGUCAAGAAAAGUCACUUCCUGCCAUAUCUGGACAAUCUGAUCCAUUCCCAAUCUGAGGAGCAAAGGCUCCCAUUCUUGGAAUCACUCCUUCAGCCUCAGUCUCUAAGGCAGGAAUGGCUGGAGCUUGCGCUAUCUCAUGAUGCCCCUCAACUGUCAGACACUCUGACUGCAGAUGGAGAGCCCAGGAUGCAAUCUCACCUGUUCACCUGGGGAUAUGGGCGUCUCCUUUCUCUUUUGGUUCGACUCCCAGCUGACUUUGCAUCCAAGCAGAAAAUGGCUGAGACAUGCAAAAUGCAUGGGUACUGGACAGGCUACUUGUCUCUGUGCUGCCAGUUGCGUCGUCGGACACAAGCUUUCUCCACCAUUUGCAGGCUGAAUGACCAGAGUCUGCUGCAGGGACCCAAUGGAAUAAUGCCUGAAACACUAGAUGAAUGGAAGCUGCUCAUCCAGCUUUCUCAACAAUACUGUGAGCUCUCAGAGGCAGAUGCUGACCCUCCCUGUCCUAAUGGAAAUGGCUUAACCAAUGGGUCUUCUGACUGGAGCAACUGCAUCACACCUGAGAGCCUGACGCUGCAAUUGGCCCGAGUUGUGGGACCAGAUCGGGCGCUGACCUGCCUGCAGGACUGGGGAGUACGUGUGGUCCUGGAUCACCACUCCACCAUGGUGUGUGAGCUUCUGAGGAUAGCAGAGAAGAGACAGAGAGCACUGAUCCAGACCAUGCUGGAGCGCUGUGACAGAUUCCUCUGGUCCCAGCAGGCUUAACUGUGCCAUCCCAUCACCUCCAGGGCUGCUAUGUCUCUCAAAGGAAGAACCACCAGCCUUCGGUUUGAGAUCCACUGGAGCUCCAUUACAUCCCUCGUGGGUUGAACAGUCUCACUAUGGCCUCUACCUAUUAGGUUAUUUUAUCUAUAUUUGUGGCUCCUUAAGUGAAAACAUUCACUAGAAUGUACCCAAUUAAGUAUUUUUUGAACUAUUUAAUUGCUACUUUCAGGAUGUCUGAAAAGCUGCAGUAUUAAGUCAGUUCAGGGUUUCAGCCUUGAACAUUUUCUAGCACAAUUGUUGCUUUAAAGUGUAAAUGUCAUGCACUGAUAUUUAACGUUUUUCUUUAGUGUUUCUUUAAAGUUUGCCUUAAAUUCCACAGAAGGGCCAUAUUGCUAGUGCAUGGUCUCCUAUAGUGUGUUCCUGCAAGUUUCCUUAUUAAACCAUUCCAGUUCAUGUGUGAGCUUAUUUGUGGUCAUCCUUCCUGCCUACCCCAAGGGAAGUAAAAAUGUUUACGAGUAAGUUGUUACACUAAGGAGGGUCAUUAACUAUGCUGACGCACUGAAGAGAGCCACAUAUACAGACAAAUGUUGACAUCUGUUCAAGGCAUCUAUAUAUA